AUGCGGCUGUAUGGAAGCGCAAUUGCGCUGCUCGCAGCAACAAGCGCCGCAGAGCCAAUUCCACGUGCUGUUCAGGCACCCACGGUCGAUCUCGGCUAUGCAGUGUAUGAGGGAAGUUUCGAUGGCAACAACACAAUCAAUGCUUUCAAGGGGUAAUGCGUCUGAUUGAAAUACAGCUGUUGAGCUUGCAAGCUAAAGAAUGUAUCAGAAUUCGUUAUGCUGCACCACCUGUUGGCAAGCUUAGGUUUGCUGCCCCUCAAGCUCCAGACAAGAACAGGACCUCGAUCAUCCCAGCUACUAGCGAUCCUCCAUUCUGCCCACAGACUGGUGCUUCAUCAAAAACGCCUGCUGCUUAUGGGUUUACCUCGGCUCUCGGAAACGAAGAUUGCUUAUUCUUGAAUGUGUAUGCGCCAGCGAACGCCAAAAAUCUGCCCGUAUUCUUCUGGAUUCAUGGUGGUGGCUAUGGCCUGUUCAGUGCUACAGGCCUUGACCCUACUGAGUUCAUGAAGCAGAAUGACAACGGGUUCAUCAGCGUUAUUAUUCAGUACCGUCUCGGUGCUUUUGGUUUUCUCUCGUCUGAAGAUGUCAAGAAGGGUGGUGCUCUCAAUGCUGGUUUACUAGACAUGAACUUCGCCUUGCAAUGGGUGCAGCAAUAUGCUAAAAAGUUCGGUGGCGAUCCAACUAGGGUCACGAUAGCUGGCGAAAGUGCUGGUGGUGCAGCCGUCUUGUACCAGAGCAUGGCUUAUGGCGGAAAGCAGAAAGACAACCUCUUCCACAAUGUUAUCACUGCUAGCCCAUGGAUCCCUUUCCAACAUAAGUACAACGAUGACCAACCCACUAAAGCUUACAACGACUUUGUCACAGCCGCAGGCUGCUCGGAAUCCACGGAAAAGCUACUGUGCCUUCGCAGUGCCGAUACGGUCAUCGUCCAGAACGCCAGUGCCCUGGUCUCAGAGGCUGGUCCGUUUGGUACGUUCGCAUUUUUGCCCGUAACUGAUGGAUCGUUCGUCAAACAACUCCCCAGUCAGCAGCUCGCUGCUAGAGCCGUGAAGGGAGUACGUGUCUUGUCCGGCAACAUGGCCAAUGAAGGUGUACCACUUAGCCCUCUAACUACUCGCACCCUUCAAGAUUUCAGGAACUACAUCGGCACCACCUUCCCCGACUUCACCCAGUCCGAGAAAACCGCCAUUGAGAAGCAGUACUCCUAUGUCGGUGACACCGAAGACGUCAAUCCCGCGGCCCCUCUUUUCGCGACAACAGGCACUUCCGUGCCUACGGCUGUUAACCAAUCCACCUUUGGCACCGGCCAGCAACAGCGCGUCCUUGGCGUUUUUGCCGAAUAUGCUUUUGUGUGCAACAGCUACUGGGCUGCAUCGGCCUUUCCCAUGUCUUGGAAAUAUCAGUUCAGCGCUCCGCCUUCUUACCACGGAUACGAUCUGCAGGCGCUAUGGUCCGGAACACCAACACCUGGCGCGAGCUUCAAGCGCGCGUUUCGCAAGAUCUGGGGUAACUUUAUCACUGCAAACACGCCUGUGAUCUCUGUUGAGGAUGCCAAAGGUGGUGUUGCCAACAGUACGGUGCCUGUUGCAAGCGGGCAUGGUGGCAACAUCCAAUGGCCAACUUGGGAUGAGAAGAAUCCUGUUCUGCUCAACUUGAAUGCUACAGGGGGGGUUGCGACGUUUGUGCAGGCGACAACCGAUCUCUUCUACAAUGUGUACAGUGACCCGGGUGUUAGCAACCAGAUCAGUCUGGCUAAUGCGAGGAACUGGGAGGGUGAACGAGGCAAGAGGUGUGAUUUCUGGAAGAGUGUAGCCAAAGACGUGCCGUACUAG